UCCUCUUCCCUUGAUCUGUCCUAGGUGAUCAUUCAAAAUGGUGAGAUAUUCUCUUGAUCCAGAGAACCCCACAAAGUCAUGCAAGUCAAGGGGCUUAAAUCUCCAGGUCCACUUCAAGAACACCUGUGAAACAGCCCAAGCUAUCAAGGGCAUGCAUAUCCAAAAAGCUACCAAAUAUUUUAAAGAUGUCACAUUGAAGAAACAGUGCAUUCCUUUCCAUCGAUAUAAUGGUGGAGUUGGCGGGUGUGCCCAGGCUAAGCAGUGGGGUUGGACACAAGGUCAUUGGCCCAAAAAGAGUGCGGAAUUCUUGCUUCAUAUGCUUAAAAAUGCAGAGAGUAAUGCAGAACUUAAGGGUUUGGAUGUGGAUUCUCUUGUCAUUGAGCAUAUCCAGGUUAACAAAGCUCCCAAAAUGCGAAGGCGGACUUACAGGGCUCAUGGGCGAAUCAACCCAUACAUGAGUUCUCCUUGCCAUAUUGAGAUGAUACUUACUGAAAAGGAGCAGAUUGUUCCUAAACCAGAAGAAAAGGUUGCUCAAAAGAAAAAGUUAUCCCAAAAGAAACUGAAGAAACAAAAACUUAUGGCACGGGAGUAAAUGUGACAUUAUCAAGCAAAUAAAAGCAAAAUGAAAU